AUGUUUGACGACUCAGUUUCCGACGUCGCACUUGCUGAUUUCCAGAUAUUAGAGUCACCUUGCGUUGAUGUUCCGUUUGAUCGUGGUCCUCAGUUCCAUUUGAAUCUCCAGUGUCGUACAUGUGAAUCAUUUAAAGAAACAUUUGUCUGUUGUGAUUGUGUCAGGAAGGAUUCCAUAUUUUCGAAGAAAUCCGGAAAAAUUAGCUUCCCUCAGAAUUCUGAUCGAAUUGUGGCAGUCCGAAAAUCGGUUAAUGAAUUAAAUAGAAAGAUUAAAGUAUAUGAACCCAUACUGUUCAAGUCUGUAUUUCACACUUUUGGUAGAAUUGAAGAGUUGAAUGUUCGGAUUUCGUCUCUGGAACAUACGAUCGAGUUUCUUACUAAAAUGAAUUCAGAGAAACGCAAAAAGCUACAACGUGUUCGACAAGCAAUGACACGAUGCCAUACCUCAUCUCAGCAACUUCUGAAGCAGCAAGCUAAUUUGGUUCGGCAUUUUAUCACAGUUGCACAGAGAAAAAAGUUACUGGUGGCUGAUCUUGAUAUCGUAAACAGGCAGAUCAAACACGUACAUGAUACUUAUUUCGAGGAGUUACUUGGAGUUUAUUUCGUGACUGACCUGUCGACUGAUAGUUUAUCUCCGGAUAGGUUUGUGUGUUCACCUUUACAUAUCGAUAAAGAGAACAUUUUUGCAGGCCCUGAACCCACCCCAUCGAGUCAUACGGCUUUAACAUAUUGCUCAGUAGCAAUAAGAGUUUCAACUAUUUUGUUAGAUGUUUGGUUACCAGUCUCCAUUCGCCGGAAUUUGCAUUUGGUUGGUUCUUUUUUGUCUGCGUUACCUCAGAGGGAUGAUAUGGGUCGUGUGUAUUUCGCAGUCAUUUAUGCUGUUCACCUAUUAUGCCAAUGUCGAGGGAUUGAUAUAAAAAAUGGAUUAGAACAACUUGGGAUAAAUGUAAUUCCUGGACGGCACACACUUUACAAUCCAUUAUUUGGAUUAUAUUGCCUUGGGAAUCUGGUCAGUCACAAUAAUAAGUCUACUAGGUACUUUGACGAAUGUUACAGUAUAAAACUAGAUGGACUUUUUGGGAAGAUUCCAUCAUUAACUUUAACAAGUCAACCUACAGUUUCAUUUAGUUCACCGUGUUUUGUAGAGAAAGGCGAAGAAGUAGAUGAGAUGUUUGACUUAUCAAACGAUGAUAAUUUAACUUUAAGUAACAAACAAGUGAAUAGAUUUGCUUUAUAUAGGACAAGUAGUUCAGAUUAUGUUCAGUCAUCCAAUAAACUCGAAGAACACGACUCGUCUGUUGGUUUAGAAUGUUGGGAACUAGUUUCCGUGACCUCACCAGUAGAACCUAGAUUGUGUGAAACUACAAUGAUUAAUGCCGGGUCUAUGGAUUCAACACAAUACCCUGGUCCACUUUCGAAAGUUUGGCGUCUAGCGAAGGGGAUCAUUGGAACUUCAGAACCUAGUGAUUGUGACGAAUAA